AUGGAUCACCAAGACCUUAAGCCAGUUAUCUGGCACAAAAAUGAGAAGAAACCAAAACCAAAAAAUAUUCAGGAAGCGCGAAAGUUGGGGAUAGAUGUAGAAGUAGAAAAGAAAUUUUUAGGUGGUAAAAACAAAUCAUGUAAAGGGAAUUUAAUAAUAGAAAAUAAAGCGAAAAUUGAACAAGAAACUGAAAACUUCAAAAUUGAUAGAGUCACUCCUGUUUUUUCAAGAGCAUUACAGCAAGCAAGAAUUAAUAAAAAAUUAACACAAGCACAGCUAGCUAGAUUAGUUAAUGAAAGUGAAUCUGUAAUUAAGGAAUAUGAAAACGGAAAAGCUAUCCCAAAUAAUGUCAUAAUUCAAAAACUCAAUCGGGUAUUAGGAAUUAAUUUACCAUCCCCCAAGAAAAAGUAA